GAUUUCAUUCAAAGAGCUAAGCCAUAUAAGGACCAUCCCACCAUCCUCAGGAUGCAGAAACUUGCAAAAGAGUUGGGUUUAGUCAUACCAGUUAGCUUCUUUGAGGAGGCCAACAAUGCACAUUAUAAUUCAAUAGCCAUAAUUGAUGUUGAUGGAACUGAUCUUGGGAUUUAUAGAAAGUCCCAUAUUCAGGAUGGACCAGGUUACGAGGAAAAGUUCUAUUUUAAUCCAGGUGACACUGGAUUCAAGGUUUUCCAGACUAAAUUUGCAAAAAUUGGAGUUGCUAUUUGUUGGGAUCAGUGGUUUCCUGAGGCAUCCCGGGCAAUGGUGCUUCAAGGUGCUGAAAUUCUAUUUUAUCCUCAGGAUGGAAGCAUUGACUCUCGUGACCAUUGGAAACGAGUAAUGCAAGGACAUGCUGGGGCCAAUUUGGUACCUGUUGUGGCUUCAAAUAGGAUAGGAAAGGAGAUAAUUGAGACUGAGCAUGGAAAAAGUGAGAUAACAUUUUAA